UUGUCACUAAUCAAUACAGGCAAACUUUCAAUCCGAGUUUCAGGCGAUAAACUUCUACGCUUCCGUUUCGCUACACAGCUCCCUUCGCUGGUGUCGCUAGUGUGGCAGGAUGCAGUCGAGGGGCUACAAUCGACCUCCGAAGCGCAAGCAGAUCCCCCAUCUGUUCAGCAACAUCCUGCAGGUGGUCGCCGAAGCCGAUCGCCCGCUGACCCAGCCCGAAAUCGUUGAGGCCUUGGUCGAGCGCCUGGAUCGCUCCGACGAGGAGCUGAAGCGCCAGAUCACAGUCAGCCUACACGAUGCCCUCAUCAACGGCUAUCUGCGGGUCAAGAACUACCGCUAUUCGUCCGUUUCCGAUCGAUUAGACUCCGACCUCGACUCUGGGGUACCGAGAAUAUCUGGGACCGGAAACUCGCGGACGGAGGGCGAUCACUGGGUUCACCAGAGGCUUCUACGGUCUGUCUCAAAUCGCCUAAAUACCAGUGAUCCAGAUCAUCCUACGAGAUCCUCGACAUCUGGAAACUCGGUGUCGGACGAUCAACGGGUUCUCGAGAGGCUCUCAAGAGCAGCCAUCGUCUCGCAAUCAGGUCUAGAGCAUCUCGGGGAGAGGGUAGUGACGGCCACUGGUUCUUCCAGCCAGAGGUUACGGUCGAGCCAGAGCAGAAGACCCAGCGAAUUGGAGUGAAGCAGAACUCCUCUUUGGAUGCUUCGACCCAGCAGUUAUGUUCCUAAAAUUGAGAUAAAAUAGUGCAGAAAUUAUACAAUCCUUAGUCAAUGUUCGGAAUAAACAGUACACUGGGCAAGCACAUACUUUUCAUUCACACACACACACAUCUCACAUAUGCUACAGGCUCGUAUGGUUAGCUCGUUCUAUUCAGUAGACAUUUAGAAUUCAACAGAUCAACAACAUUUGGAGUAUUUACUUGAAAAGAUUCAAAAUUUAACUAAUAUACGAACCAAUACAAUGUCUUUGAAACAAAAGGGUGUUCUCAGUCAAGUAACCCAAAUUUUUGUGGUCGGAUAUACCCUGCGAUCUUAUACCGUGUACGAAGGGGAAGGCCCCAACAGAUUUUCGCGCCGCACUUGCUUCGGUCACGAGCUAUCGCGCUGGAUCAGCCAGGCCGUCAUCAAUCGGUCUGAGCGUAUGCUAGCCCGUACUCCGUCUCGGCGGACCAUGAACAGGAUGAUGCCAGAGCGGCUGAUGAACUAUGAUGUGAACUCCCAGAAGCGUAACCCUGCCCUCAAGCUGAAGGUGAAAGGGAAUAGAGCUAUGCCCCUGACCCCCGAAUAAAUGCUGAAAAAGCGCA